AAGAAAACACAGGGUAUUAUGAGAUUUUAUCUAAAAAAGGGAAUAGCAAGGCCCAGAUGCUCAUAUCAAUAUGAUACAUCUUAUCAGGCAUCGUUUGUGAGGCCACCAGCUGCCAUGCCGACUGUUGAAAUAGUUUUGUGUGUUUGCAGGCACGUACAGACCUCAAUGAUCCCGAGAAUGCUGCAAUUGGUGCUUUUGCUGGUGACUAUAUGCUUCACUCCUUUUUUCUCAUGCUUAUCAAGAGUGUCAUGUUUUAUCACAGCUCUUGUGAUCAACCAUUACAUUGUCUCACAAUCAACAUCCUGUUAUUAUUUUAUUUAGUUAUCUUAGAGAAGGAAUGCACAUGUUUAUAUACGAUUUGAUCUUCCUACAUGUUGUAGCAAUUUCUUAUGGCUUCGUGAAGGUUCAUGCUUUUAACUAUAUGUUGAAGA